GAACAUCACUGACAUUUUUUCAUUAUAAUAAAUUUUAUAACAACACCAAAAAAAUGGCUCCUCCUAACACUGACGCUAUCAUUCAAGAAAUUGAAAAGCUCAAUUUACAAUCUAUUGCUCGUGAGAAAGGCCAUUACGUUGUCUUCCCUGAAACAAAGGUAUAAUAUAAAGAUUCAAGAAAAAACAUGGCAUUUAAUUAUAAUAAACAGUAUCCCGAUCUCGAGUUGUUUGAACAUAAGGAUCCUGGUCAUCGCGCUGAUCCCACAAAGGCCUCUAUUUUAAAGAAUGCUGAAAAGGUCUUUGAUCUCACCCCUAACAUUGGUACUGAGAUCCAUGGUCUCCAAUUAUCGGCUUUAACUGAUACUCAAAAGGAUGACUUGGCUUUAUUGGUUGCUGAACGUGGUGUUGUCUUCUUCAGAGAUCAAGACAUUGACGUGUAUCAAGGUAUUGAGUUCAUCAAGCAUUAUGGACCUCCGUAAGUUAAACCAAAUAUAUAAGCAUGCUCAAUAUUAACAGAACUGAUAGUCAUAUCCACAACACUUUUGGUCACCCUGAAGGACUUCCUGAAGUUCAUGUAGUUUAUUUUGACACCAAUACCUUCAAAAACUACAAGUCUAUUGGCGGCGUUGACUUUUCAUUAUUGGUUACUGGUGCCGAUGGGUGGCAUUCUGAUGUUACUUACGAAAACCAACCUGCCGGUUUGACUUUACUUAAGAUUGAUACGUUGCCUCCCACUGGUGGUGAUACUUUGUGGUCAUCUGGAUACAGUGCCUAUGACAGACUUUCACCCGCUUUCCGCGAGUUUCUUGAAGGUUUAGAAGCAGUACACACUGGUCAACAACAAGUCGAUGAAGCUCUCAGGGCAAAUCAUGUUCUUCGUCGUACCGUCUGGACUGCUACCCAUCCUGUUAUCCGUACACAUCCCGUCACUGGAUGGAAAGCACUCUUUGUUCAACCAGGUUUUACCCGUUCUAUUGUUGGCCUCUCAAAGCGUGAGUCUGAUCUUAUUUUGAAGCACUUGUUUGAACACAUUGCUGGCGGUGUUGAUUUCCAAGUUCGUUUCAAGUGGCAAGAAAACAGUGUUGCUGUUUGGGAUAACCGUACUACCACACAUAAUGCUAUCUUUGAUUACCUCCAAAUUGGCAAGCGUCAUGGAUGGAGAGUUACUCCUCAAGCUGAAGCACCCUAUUUCGAUCCUAAGAGCAAGUCCAGAAAACAAGACUUAGAAGAAAAAGCUGCUGCUGCUCAAGCAUAAACACC